AUGUCCACGCCCGCCACCACGACGCAGGCGUUCAGCCUCAAGACGCGCCAGCCCAUCGCUGACGAGGAUGCUCUUCUCACGGAGGAGGACCGCAUCUUGAAACAGGCGACCAAAGGCGAGGACUGCACGACACGCCGUCGCGCCUGCAAGAACUGCGUGUGCGGCCGUGCUGAGCUGGAGCGCAAGCUUGAGGCGGAGGGCAAGCUUCCACCGGAGGGCAUCACGAUGCCGCCAGGUGGGUGCGGCAACUGCGCCAAGGGCGAUGCCUUCCGUUGCGCCAACUGCCCCUUUCUCGGCCAGCCAGCCUUUGAUAGCACCGAGGAUGGAAAAGUGAAGCUCAACCUCACAGAUGAUAUCUGA